UUCGGGCCCGGCCGACCUCGCCGCGCGGCCGGAGCCCUGGACGUUGCUCAGCCACCGGAGCAGCGCGCCCGGCGACUUCUGACACCCGGCGCCAGCCAGUAAGUGACAGCUGCUGCCUCGUUUCAUGGCUGCUUUUCUUCCGCGGUUCGUCCCAAGUCUCUUCCACGAAUGGUUAAUUUAAAAAACUGUUCAACUCCCGGACCGAUCAGGCAAGAGGGCUGCCCGGGAACAGAGCAAGGGACGUGUCAGAGACUUGCCGAGGUGUUUCCAGGCAGCAGGGGUGCGUCCAUAGACCUUUUGGAUUAAAAAAGUUUGGGAAGCAUUCUUCAAGAACAGCUCGGCUCCACACUUGUUGACCGCCUGUUGGGAAGCUGAUCGAGCGUUAUCUAGAUUCAAGAUGAAUAGUGAUCAAGUUACCCUGGUGGGUCAAGUAUUUGAGUCUUAUGUUUCGGAAUACCAUAAGAAUGAUAUUCUUCUAAUCUUGAAGGAAAUGGAUGAAGAUGCUCAUUACCCAGUUGUGGUUAAUGCCAUGACCCUUUUUGAAACCAACAUGGAAAUUGGGGAAUAUUUCAACGUGUUCCCCAAUGAAGUACUAACUAUAUUUGAUAGCGCAUUGAGAAGGUCGGCCUUGACAAUUCUGCAGUCCCUUUCUCAGCCUGAGGAUGUCUCCAUGAAGCAGAAUCUUCAUGCCAGGAUAUCAGGUUUGCCUGUCUGUCCUGAGCUGGUGAGGGAGCAUAUCCCUAAAACCAAGGAUGUGGGACACUUUUUAUCUGUCACUGGGACAGUGAUUCGAACAAGUCUUGUGAAGGUCCUGGAGUUUGAGCGGGACUACAUGUGUAACAAGUGCAAGCACGUAUUUGUGGUCAAGGCUGACUUUGAACAGUAUUAUACCUUCUGCAGGCCAUCCUCAUGUCCCAGCUUGGAGAGCUGUGAUUCCUCAAAAUUCACUUGCCUCUCAGGCUUGUCUUCAUCUCCAACCAAGUGUAGAGAUUAUCAGGAAAUCAAAAUUCAGGAACAGGUCCAAAGACUAUCUGUUGGAAGUAUUCCACGAUCUAUGAAGGUUAUCCUGGAAGAUGACUUAGUAGACAGUUGCAAAUCUGGUGAUGACCUCACCAUUUAUGGGGUCGUAAUGCAACGAUGGAAGCCCUUUCAGCAAGAUGUGCGUUGUGAAGUGGAAAUAGUCCUGAAGGCCAAUUAUGUCCAAGUGAAUAAUGAGCAGUCCACGGGGAUCAUCAUGGAUGAGGAGGUCCGAAAGGAAUUUGAAGAUUUUUGGGAAAACUAUAGGAGUGAUCCCUUUGCAGGAAGGAAUGAAAUACUGGCCAGCUUGUGCCCUCAAGUCUUUGGGCUGUAUUUAGUAAAGCUUGCUGUGGCCAUGGUGCUAGCUGGCGGGAUUCAAAGGACCGAUGCCACCGGAACACGUGUCAGAGGAGAAUCACAUCUUUUAUUGGUUGGGGAUCCUGGCACAGGGAAAUCUCAAUUUCUCAAGUAUGCAGCUAAGAUUACACCAAGAUCUGUGCUCACCACAGGAAUUGGAUCUACAAGUGCAGGUCUGACAGUAACUGCUGUGAAGGACUCAGGAGAAUGGAAUCUGGAGGCUGGGGCAUUAGUACUUGCAGAUUCAGGUCUUUGCUGUAUCGAUGAGUUUAAUAGCCUCAAGGAGCAUGAUAGAACCAGUAUCCACGAAGCAAUGGAACAACAAACCAUAAGUGUUGCUAAGGCUGGGAUCUUUAAUAGGCACUGCUUGCCUCCUGCUUCCUCUGAUCACGAAGAAUCCAAAGGACUACUGCCCCUUGCAAAUCAUCUCCUUCUACCCCAGAACCAUUCCCAAGACUGCCACCUGUGGUCCCAGGAAAUUCCAGGCGCCUUUUUCUAUUUCCCAGUAGUCUCUACUUUGAUUGAUGAGGUCUCAAACCUGUUCUCCAUACUUUCCUACUCCCUGCGGGACUCUUCCUUCUAGGGUAAUUUUACCUGUGUUUCACCACAGGGAGAACCCCAUUGUUCUGCCUCUUUUUCGCUCAGUCACCACCUAUCUUUUCAUUCACUCUAGAGCUAGCUUUGCUGGUUUCUAAUGUGUAUUUCUCUAUUUACAUAGAAAUUUGUAGUAGAAGUUUGUAGUAUUCUUCCUCUCUCAGUUAUUUUAUAGUGUUUUAAGUUUUGUUUUGUGAGCUUGUUUUCUCUUUUUGUGUAUCCAUGAAGCCUUUGAAGGAUGUGCUGAGAGGUUUGGAUAUAAGCAGCUGCUAUUAAACCCUACCAAAAUCAAACCCAGUGCCGUCGAGUCGAUUCCAACUCAUAGCGACCCUAUAGGACACAGUAGAACUGCCCCAUAGAGUUUCCAAGGAGCGCCUGGUGGAUUCGAACUGCCAACCCUUUGGUUAGCAGCCAUAGCACUUAACCACUGUGCCACCAGGGUUUCCCCAUUACCCUACGGGAACCUGGAAAUCAACAUUUUUUUUUUUUAAGUUAUUCUUAGUUGUUGUUUAACUCAUAAAAUAGGCUUUUGCUGUAUAUCUUAAAAAACAUUUACCCAUGUUUUCUCUGAAUCGUAUUUAAGAAAAGUCAUUGGAGAGGUAGUUAUCUAUAAUUAUUUUGAAGAGCAAAUAUAGAAAUGAAAUUAGACUUGUUCUGUAUCCUGUAAAAUCAACAGCUAGAAGCUUCAGGGAAGCAUAUUUAAAAUCAGUACAAGGAACACUUUUUAGUAGUUAGAACUGCCUGGAGAUCAGUAGGCUAUCUGUAGGGAUGUAGAGGUUUUCAAUUUUAAACAAGAACAAAAAUUAUGUAAGGAAUUCAAGUAUCAUAUGCUGCUAGCUGGGUUAUUGCAGAAUUGGUUUCACAUUAUAUCGUAUGCGAGAGACUGGACAAGUUUAGGAAACAGGACCAAGAGCUUCACCUUCUUUUAGUGACCUCAAGAACGCAUUGGGUGUAGACAUAAUAGCAUAGUGAUUAAGAGCAGAGAGUCCAGAGCUCGUUUGACUGGGUCGAAGUUCUAGCUACACUGACUACUGACGGAGCAUAUGACUUAAUUUUCCUCUGCCUUGGCUUCCUCAUCAGUGAGAUGGUAAGAAUCAUUCUACCUGUUUCAUAGUGUUGUUAUGAAGAUUAAAUGAACUAAUCCAUGCAAAAUGCUUAGGAUAGAACCUGGCACAUAAUAAAUGCUGUUAAACUAUUAAUUGUUCUUGGUCUGUAAUUUCUUUUAGACACCCUUGCAGCCAAAUACAUUUUGAAAUUUAGUUUUUUGUUGUUGUUCGUUUGUUUUGAUUUGUUUUUUAGGAAAGUGUGUAUACCAUAUAUUAUGAAAAAUCCUAGCAGAGUCUGAGACAACACCCUAUAAUCAAACACUAACUUUUUUACAAUGAAACGUGAAAAUACUCAUACUAAAUGGGUAAAGAUUCAUAUCAAUUUAGGUCAAGUUUUGCUGCCAAAUUAACUAUGAAAACCUUGUUUUUUCAGAGCUUUUUGGAUUUGUAAUAAGUGAAUAUAGGCCAUUAGCAUCGUCAAGUUCUUGGUCUUGUGUAGGAGUCCUGAGCAGUCAACCAAAGCAUGAAUCUGUUCCAGGAAGAAAUAUUGAAUGCCAAAAAGUAGGUGGGAGUCCCUGGGUGGUACAAAUGGUUAAGUCCUGGACUACUAACCAAGAGUUUGGUGGUUCAAACUCACCCAGAGGCACCUUGGAAGACAGAUCUCGCAAUCUGCUUCCAAAAGAUCGCAGCCUUUUAAACCCUAUGGAGUGUAGUUCUACUCUGACACACGUGGGAUUGCCAUGAGUUGGAACUGACUCCACAGAAACUAACAACAAACGACACAGGGUGGGUAAUAGCUGUAAAAGCUUUUUAAACUUAGAAUAAGACUAGUUCAAGUUACCUGAAUAGACUUUAAGCCACGGGACCCAGAACAGCAGAAAGCUGGAUCUUUUGGUGAUGAUAUGGAAGCUGGGAGUUUGUUCAAAAUAGGUGUAAAAUAGUUGUGUUGUCCCAUUACCACCUUACCAGUUCAUUCAUCCCUAACCCUGCACUCCCAUUUUUGUGACUCAGAUACUUUUUCUGCCACUGAUUUUUUGUAGGUCUUUUAGACUUGUUCAGCUCUCUUCAGUAGCUCUGCUGCCGCUCCUUUCUCCGUUUCAAAUGCCGCUAAGAGAGGCCCAGUUAGGUACUGUCAUCCCUAUUGGAAGCUUUAUGUAAGAAUAGCUCAUAGGUUUCUGGCCAGUUUAACUAUCAUCCCUAUUGGAAGAUUUAUGCAAGAACAGCUUAUAGGUCUCUGACCAAUUUAUGAAUUCACUGCCCGUGGAUCAAAUGCCAAUGUCUGGUUCAUUCAGCUCUUCCUUUAUGGCAGUUUACUUAGAAAGGAUUGUGGGGAUAUGUGCCAGGCACACAUGCCAGCGGUUUGCCUGUACAGAAUUGUAAUGAACCAAAAAAAGAAUCACUUUAGGAAUAUACCAAAGAAGAAGUCAUACAACAAGGGUAGAUUUGUCGACACUGGGAAACAAUAGGUUAGACAAAUGGACAGACAGAAGAGCCUGGUGAAUCAGUUUAAAUAGGAGGUAGGCCUUUGUGAGCAGUUUGUGGUCAGUGGCUUUCAAAGAGCAGAUAAAAAGAAUGGCAGGGUUUUAAAAACAGUCCUGUAGUCACGUGCACCUAGUGACAUGUGGACUCUUGGUCAAGCUUUGUAGUAAUUUUUACAAUUUCUUCCCAGAUCACAGGCACCACCAAUUAUGUGAUCUUUACUCCUCCAUCCAGGUCAUCCUAUUUAAUUCUUUAACUUUUAUUUUGACAUAAUAUCACUUACAGAAAAGUGCAAGGAUACUACAUGUUUUUUUUUUUUGGGUCAGUUAAGUAGGAAAAAAUGAAAACACUUUUUCCCUUUAGGUCAUGCAGUCACUGUUAAUAGCGCUUACUCUGAUUCACUCUGCAGUUUGAGAAAAGGGUGAAUCUGCCUCCAACAAUAUCCCAUCUGACUUCCCGGUCUCACAGUUUUCAGAAUCUUAAAUUCAUUCCCCCUAGGUAGAGAAGUCUGUUAAUCUUCCUGAUGCAGAUUAUGCAGUUACUUGCUAAAUACAGAAUUCAAUAAAAUGUUUCCGGAGACAUGAAGCAUAGUAUGUGUUAACUAGUAGAAGAUGAGAAGGGUUAAGAGUGGAAAAGGAACCUGUAAUCUUGAAAUCUACCAAAAUAAAAUAAAGGUACCCUGAAUUUUACCCUCUGGAAAAACCUUAAUUACUCCUUGCUUCCCAAUUCAAAGACUUUUCUUCUGUGGGCCAGCAAUGCAAAGGCUUCUAUACCCUAGAGUAGGUGUCUUUCACCGAGCCAUCAUUGUCCAGAUAUUCUCGGGCCCUUAGUCCUUUCUCUAGGACCUCUUCGGGUUUUCCUUUGAGACAUGUGAUACCUUGCAACAUCAUUUUCAGGAACUCUUGAAUAUUUCUGCUUGUGUGUGCAUGUGCUUACUUUCUCCCUCUCUCAUGUCUCAAGUGACUAAAGUCUGAUUAACUUGUGCAGGGGGUUUGGUUUGAAUUAGUCUCCCUCAAGGAUGUUAGUAUGAACCACUGAAUCAGAAUAUCUGGCUGGCCUCCAAGGCUGCAGGGAAUUUCUCAGAGUUUUUUUUUUUUUUAAACGUGCCACUUUUUAUGCACUGCAGAGUUAACAGCAUACUUACUUUGGUUGAGUUUGUUCCAUAAUAAUGAAAUCCUCUUUUCACAAAUCAUUUUUUGAGUUGAGAUUAAACUUUAUACAGUGUUUUCUUUUCAUGGGCAUAUACCCGUAAGGGUGUAUCAUAAGCCAUGAACCCAUCAUUCAGAUUUUCAGGUGAAUAAGAGGGAACCAUGGCUUCUGUGUGAUUUUUGCAGUGCUUGUUAUGCAUCGUCAGAAUAGAAGAAAAUGCUAAAACGCUCUAGAUGUCUUGUUGUUGUUAGGUGCUGUCAGGGUGGCUCCAACUCAUAGCAACCCUAUGUACCACAGAACAAAACACUGCCCAGUCCUGCACCAUGCCCAUAGUUGUUGUUAUGCUUGAUCCCAUCGUUGCAGCCACUGUGUCAGUCCAUCUCGUUGACAGUCUCCCAUUUUUCCACUGACCCUGUACUUUACCAAGCAUGAUGUCCUUCUCCAAGGACAGAUCCCUCCUGAUAACAUGUCCAAAAUAUGUAAGACGUAAUCUCGCUAUCCUUGCCUCUAUGCAAUGGUUAGAAUGCUUCUAAGCAACAUUCUGGUUUUACUUCUUCCAAGAUGCCUAGAAUCUACUAAAAUGUAGUUUAUAGUGUUAGUAACCAAAAUACAGGUCUUAUUGAGUCAGUAUAUAUUUGAGAAGACUGAUAACUUUGUUCUUCUUAACUUUUUUGUGUCAUACCUACCAAGGUAUUUUGCAACUUGAACAGCCACAAAGCCUUUUUUUUUUAGACUGAGUUUUUGGUUUCUUUGGCAGUGUAGAUCCCUCAAAAACUUAGUUCUCUCAUCUCUUUGUUUCCAGUUGUUUGCAUAUGCCAGUAUCCAGGGUUCUUUUCUUGACGUAUUUCUCAAGUCCAAUUUGUUGGAUUUUUUUCUUUCUUUGCCUCUGUGCCUCUUUCAUUCACCUUAAUGGUGGUUACCUUAAGGCCAUCUAAAGCAGCAGGCUUCACCUUUAAAGUGAGUCACUUUAUUUGACAGAGAAAAUUUACUGGACCUUUGUUGUUCAAACUCUGGAACCUAGAAGCAAUUGUUUCUUUUUCCCCCACCCUUCAAAGCCUCAAAUUUCCAGACUCUUUAUUCCAUUUCAUUUCUCCUGAAAAAUUGGUUAGUUCUUUUCUACAAUACUUUGAUACAGGCAAUUUUGAUGACAGUGUGAUGUGGUUUGAAAGUAGGGUGCUCUGCUCCACACAAACAUUCAGCACCCAGGCUUCUUCCCUCAUGUGACUCUCUGACUCCAGGGCCUUACCUUCUUCUAUAUUCCACUGGAAAAUAAAGAGGGAAAACGUGGAGGGUUAUACAGGAAGGCUUUUUAGGGUUGAGGCCUGGAAAGGGUAUGGAUUGUUCUACCCCCCACCCCAUUUCAUUGCCCAGACUUGGUAUUCUAGCCCUCCUUAACUAUAAGGAGCUCUGGUGGCAUAGUGGUUAAGAACUUGGCUGCCAACUAAAAGGUUGGCAGUUCAGAUCCACCAGCCGCUCCUUGGAAACCCAGUGGGGCAGUUCUGCUCUGUCCUACAGGCUUAUUAUGAGUCGAAAUCGACUCGACGGCGAUGGGGUUAACUAUAAAGUGCGCUGGGAAAUGUAAUUUUGCUGUGUUUCCCAGGCAGAAAAAAAGAAACAAGGUUUGGUGACUUCUGCCGCAGCCUGGAUAUAAAUUUGGAAGUCCCAGAAUAUAGGUGAUGCUUAAAGCCAUGAAUAAAGAAGGGGAUCACCUCGUACAGGGUGUAAUAGGAGUAAUGGGAGAGCAUCACAAAAGCAAAAGCACUUUCCUGGGGAUCUGUACUGCUAAAAAUAAGUCAUAUAACCUAACUGUACAAUGUUUGGAAAAUUACCUCUAUGUUUACCGGAAAGUUUAAACAUGUGAAUUCAAUAACUGGAAAAGUAAUGUUUUCAGAAACUAGAAUGUUUUAGCUACUUAAUACAGAAAAAAUAUAUAUAUCAGCAUCAUUAUUUAUGACUGUCAUACUGCGCAUGCUGACACCGGCAUCUGUUGUAUGGCAUACUGUCCGGCAGGCGCUGUGUUGAGCUUCCCUCUCCUUCAGCAGUUCUGUUGUAAAUUAAUUGAAGGCAGGGACCAGUCCUAUACCUUUUUGAUUGACUCUCUUUGCAUACAGGAAAUGACCUAUAAUAUUCAUUGGCCAGAGAGAGGAAGAACAAUUCUACCUAGUAUCGAAAAUAAUUUUUUAAAAAUUAUUUCAUAUGCAAUUGUGUUUUGUUUCAUUACCAUUAUCACAGCAAUAUUCCUUUCUAUUAUAAAUGCAGACGGUCACACUUCAGUGGGUUAAAUGUGCUUUUGUGGGAUUGAUUUAGGAACUAUUUAUAACAUCAUUUUUAUGGUAAAUAGAUUCUGUGUUCUAAACAACUGCCUUUACAAAGCCAUUUUGGCAAAGAAAAAAAAAAGAUGGGGACUGUUCAAAAAUUUUCCCUUUUAGUAAUUUUUUAAAAGGGAAUUCAGUGAAAAUGCCUUUUUGUUUGUCUUUCUCUUUUUUAAUGAGUGUUUUCUUGUGCCAUUUGCUACAAAUAAAUAUUCUCAAACUUUCCAUCUCAGGGUAUGAGGUAACUGCUAUAGCUAACUAGAAAUAGAUCAGGGAUUAACAAAUUUAGUGCAUGCUUGCUGAUGUCACAGGGUUGUGACUGCUGGAGGCAGACAUCCCCACUAUAACUAAAAAGAGGCUCGAAUGGAAAGCAUACAAAUUGACACAGAAAAAUAUUUACAAGUUUUAUUGUCAGUGAAUUUGCCGUAUUUAUUUUGAGGACUUGCCUGUCGUGAAUAAGUUUGAAAAUAGUAUAUAAGUUAUGUCACACCCAUUUCUAUACUGCACUGCUGGGUGUAGGACAUACAUGCCUCUUCCCAGACCAUUGCACCAGUCUCCUGCCUAGCCUCCGCCAGCACCCCUUCCCUGUCCAACCCGCCCUCCAAGCCAAGAUAUCUUUUCAGGCUCCCCAGCCUGGUCUUCAGGCUAAAUCAAUCCUUUCCCCCCCGCCCCAGAUUUCCUUUCCCUCUCUUUCUUUUCCUUUCUUUCUUUUUAGAAAAAUCAAAACAAGAGAAGUGAACACACUUAAAGUUUUUACUUCAGCCACUUACCAUUCUCCAAAAUCACCCUCACCCACUUCCUUCACCCUUCUACAAAUAUAUAUCUCUCUCCACUUAAAAAAUGACAGAUGUCAUGAAGGGCCUCAUUCAAAAACUGCUUUGUAAUGUUUCUCUGAUCUUCUUUCCCAUCUGCAUAAAUCUUUACUUCUCCUGGGAACCUUGUAUUUAUUUUAUAAAACUUUCCGUAUUCUUCCUUGUAUUAUUAUCAUAUUUCCAUUGAAUAGGUCAUUGGUCUUAAAAAAUUCUAUCAUUCUCUGGUGGUGUUUCUGUCACCAAGGUGAUAUUUUCCAACUCCUGAUUCUUCUUCUUUGUUUUCAACUUUCACAUUCCAAUCACCAGUAAUUAUCAAUGCCUUUUGAUUGCAUGUUUGAUCAAUUUCUGACUGCAGAAGUUGGUAAAAAAAAAAAAACUUUAAUUUCUUCUUCGGCAUUAGUGGACGGUGCGUAACUUUGAAUAAUAUUAACUGGUCUUCCAUGUAGGCAUAUGGAGAUUAACCUGUCAAUGACAGCGUUGUACUUGAGAAUGGAUCUUGAAAUAUUCUUUUUGAUGAUGAAUUCAACACCAUUUCUCUUCAACUUGUCAUUCCCAGCAUAGUAGGCCAUAUGCUUGUCUGAUUCAGUAUGGCCAAUACAGUUUGUUUCAGCUUGCUAAUGCCUAGGGUAUCAAUCUUCAAGUGUUGGUUUCAUUUUUGACAACUUUUAAUUUUCCUAAAUUCAUACAUUGUACAUUCCACAUUCUACUUACUAAUGGAUGUUUGCAGGCAGGUAUUUCUUCUCAUUUUGAGUUGUGCCACAUCAGCAAAUGAAGGUCCCAGAAACUUGGCUCCAUCCAUGUUGUCAUGGAUUGAAUCGUGUCCCCCCAAAAUAUGAGUCAACUUGGUUAGGACAUGAUUCCCAGUAUUGUGUGAUUGUCCACCAUUUUGUCAUCCCUAUGUGUUGUAAAUCCUAUGAUUGUGACGUAAAUGAGAUGGAUUAGUAGCUAUUAUAUUGAUGAGGUCUGCAAGAUUAGAUACUGUUUUAAGCCAAUCUCUUUUGAGAUAUAAAAGAGAGAAGCAAGCAGAGGGACAAGGGGACCUCAUACCACCAAGAAAGCAUUGCUAGGAGCAGAGAGUGUCCUUUGGAACUGAGGUUCCUGCACUGAGAUGCUCCCAGACCAAGGAUAGACUGAUGGCAAGGACCUUCCUCCAGAGCCAACAGAGAGAGAAAGCUUCCCCCUGGAGCUGCCGUGCUGAAUUUGGACUUCUAGCCUACUGGACUGUGAGAGAAUAAAUUUAUUUAUUAAAGCCAUCUACUUGUGGUACUUCUGUUAUAGCAGCACUAGAGGACUAAGUUAAAUUUUGCUUUACUUCGAGGAGGCAGCUCUUCCCCAGUCAUAUUUUGAGUGUCUUCUAACUUAAAGGGCUCAUCUCAGGCACUAUAUCAGAUAAUGUUCUGCUGCUAUUCAAAAGGUUUUCACUGGCAGAUUUUUUCCAAAGUAGAUCACCAGGUCCUUCUUCCUAGUCUGUCUUAGUCUGGAAGCGCCGCUGAAGCCAGUCCACCAUGGGUGACCCUGCUGGCAUUUGAAAUAUCAAUGGCAUAGCUUCCAGCAUCAUAGCAACAUGCAACCCACCAUAGUAUAACAAACUGACAAACUGUAUGCUGAGCAAAUAACCCAAGAAUCCGGACUAUAUGAAGAAGAACACAACCUCAGAAUUGGAGGAAGACUCAUAAACUACCUGUGUUACGCAAGUCACACAACCUUGCUUGCUGAAAAUGAAGAGGACUUGAAGCACUUACUGAUGAAGAUCAAAGACUGUAGCCUUCAGUAUGAAUUAUACCUCAACAUAAAGAAAAUAAAAAUCUCACAACUGGACCAAUAAGCAACAUUAUGAUAAAUGGAGAAAAGAUUGAAGUUGUCAAGGAUCUCACUUGAAUUGGAUCCUUAACACCCAUGGAAGCAGCAGGCAAGAAAUCAAACAGUGUAUUGCGUUGGGCAGAUCUGCUGCAAAAGACCUUUUUAAAGUCUUCAAAAGCAAAGAUAUAACCUUAAGGACUAUGGUGUGCCAGAUCCAAGCCAUGGUAUUUUCAAUCACAUCAUAUGCAUGCGAAAGCUGGACAAUGAAUAAGGAAGACCAAAGAAGCAUUGAAGUCUUUAAAUUUUGUUGUUGGUGAAUAAUAUUGAAUAUACCAUGAACUGCUGGAAGAACGAAUAAACCCAGAAGAACGAAUAAAUCUGUCUUGAAAGAAAUACAGCCAAAAUGCUCAUUAGAAGUGAGGACAACGAGACUUCGUCUCAUGUACUUUGGAGAUGUUAUCAGGAGGGACCAGUCCCUAGAGAAGGAUAUCAUGCUUGGUAAAGUAGAGGGUCAAUGAAAAAGAAGACCCUCAAUGAGAUGUAUUGACACAGUGGCUGCAACAAUGGGCUCAAACAUAGCAACGAUUGUGAGGAAUGGUGCAGGACCAGGUAGUGUUUCAUUCUGUUGUUCAUAGGGUCGCUAUGAGUCAGAACCAAAUCGAUGACACCUAACAACAAAAUUAUCAUAGCUAGCGGAUUGCCUGCUGUGUCUAUGUUUUGUUUAAUUUUGUGCCCCUCUCAGCACCUAGUGUAGGGGUCUGCUCAUCGUAGAGGCAUAAGAAGUGUUUGGUGAACAGUUAAUUCUCUUAAAAGAUAGGCUAGUUUAAAUAUACUGCAUUUGAACUUGGUUUUUGUGAUAUCCCCUUGUAUCAUUCCGUAUUUUUCUUUCACACGAGUGUCUCUAGAUUUUCAAGGUACAAUAACCUCCGUUUUUAUUAACAAGUUUAAUCUUGCUUUUAUUCCAUUCUCAUCAGUCAGUGAAUUCUA